UCAUCAAUCAACAAAGGAUUUAAUUCUUUCCUUUGAACCUCACUCGACUACCUCCCGUGAUCGUCUGAUCUCAUUGCUCUUCCCCUCCAUCUCUUGUACUAAACCAUCUCCAGCACCUGCAUAAACAAAUAAGUGGUUGGGUCGUCGUACUCUUGUUUAUUUCCACCUCGCAUAGUGGCUUGGGUGACGACACGACUCUUCAAUAGUGCACGCAAGCCAGCCUUGGCUUUUUUGGAACCUGACAACAGCGGACAAGACAAGACAAAAAACAAGACAGACCAAGCCCGAAAGUCUUGCCUCCCUCCAACCCAACUCUAAUCCUCACUGUACUGUACCACAGACAUACAAAGGACUGGGCCGUCCGCUCCGGUGGAACCGACACAACCUUAACCGUCCCGUCGUCUUUCGUUUUUUUGUACUGUUUAACGUCCUUCAACUUCACCCAUACGGCCUCGUCGCUCGUUUUUUGUCGCUCCAACAACUUCAACCGAUUCGAUUUGGGUUUUUGCUAACCUUUAAUUCACCGUUACAAUGGCCGACCAAGGAGCAGCCGCACCCCCAGUAACUACCAUCGUUCCCUUCAACAACCAACAAAUCCUUCCAGCAUGUGCCGCCGCCUGUGGUCCCCUCUACGAUGCCAACGGCGCCUGUGUUCCACCCCAAGUAGCCGCUGAUGCCGGCCCCAAGGCCUAUACAUCAUGCUUCUGUCUCGACCAACGAGUCGCCGCUUUCAAGACCGCGACCCAAGGUGUUUGUGAUGAUGCAUGUGGUGCAGAGGGUCUUUCCUCGAUCGCUGGGUGGUUUCGCAGCAUGUGUGGUACCGCGACCAAGACGAAUGCAGGAUCGACACAACAAACUGGACAGGGUUCAACAGCUUCGACGGCCGGGGACUCUUCAUCGACCUCUGGUUCAAGGGUUUCUAACGAGGGUGGUGGUGACUGGAUCUCAAACCAUUGGCAGUGGGUCAUCAUGAUUGUCGUUCUCGUUGUCGGCAUCACCGCCAUCUGGGUCGGUGCCUGCAUCUGGCGUCGCCGCUACCUUAAGAAGAAGGACCGCCAAUCCCAUCUCAUUCAAAAGCAUUCUGGUUCCGCCUCGCGACCAUCUUGGGGUCCCGGUAUGGAGGCCUCUGAGGGUGGCAUACCCUACGACGACGAAUCGAACCGAAAUUCGCACGGCCUCAUGCUUGCCGGUGCCGCCGCCGCCGGUACUGUCGAAGAGGAACCAAAGGAGAAGAAGCGAUGGAUCGUCCGCGACCGAACAUGAUGAUGGCCAUCGCCACCAUUUGACUUUAACGCCUUUCUCCGACCUCGUAACGAUUCUCCUUGCCAUGUCCCAAGUUCCAAUGAAAAAGAAAAUUCGACCUAGUACUGUCCGCCUUACGACAUAGACCGCGCAUUCAUCACCUAUACGGCCUUGCUCUAUUUGAUAUCAUCGACUGCCCUUGAUUCUUUUUUUAUACCUGGGCGGAUUAUACCCAGCAAUCGAUGAGGCUGCAAACGCAUUUGGUGCAGACGAUCAGGAUUUGAUCACGGUUGAGAAAUACCGUCUGCAACGUUUUCUGUGGUCCGCGGCCGAUGCUUUGGUUCGUCUAAUUGCUGUUUCCCUCAGUGGCGUUUUUGCUUUACGGUACAAUCAGGCGUUUGGAGGAAAGAAUACGGGUGGCGCAUCCUCACGAUUUGUUGUUUCUGUUUGACCUUUUUUCGGUGACUGUUGCCAUGGAACUUCUUUGACAUGCAUCUGUGGAAUACAACGCUGACAAUUGCAACAAUGAGGGGGAAUUGAAGUAUUAUUUUGUUUUUAUUUAGGCCAGAUCGGAAAUUCUAUCUGGUUAUUUAUUUGACAUAUUUUCCAUUACUUUACGAGUUCCCUGGGCACACAAGAAGAGGGAGGGUUUCAAUUCAGUCUAUCCUUGAUACAGCAUAUAUAAAAUCCACCCACAUGCGAAGCGAAAUGCUCAACUCGC